AUGAGAAAAUUGAAUCAAUCUUUGUCGAGCUUGUUAUUAAUACCCGUAAAAUUCUAUUGGGUUGUGCAUAUAGACCAAAUUGUCAUAUACCGUAUGAAUAUAUUUUCGACACUAUCCUUGUUAAAUUCUGUGCACUACGAUGAUGUUAUAAUAGCCGGCGAUCUCAAUUCUAACCUUUUAAAGGAAAAAACACUUAUUGAGUCGUUUAACUCCAUGGGAUUGUAUGGGGUAAAUACUACAAUACCAACUCACUAUACAACAACUUCGAACAGCCUGAUUGACAUAUUUCUUGUUUCAAAAUCUGAUAAUGUUCUACUAUACGAUCAGCUUAGUAUGCCCUGUUUUUCUAAGCAUGAUCUCAUAUUUCUGACAUAUGAUGCUGUGCACACACCAGAACAAAAACAGACAAGUUAUUUUAACUUUAAUAAAAUAAAUUAUGAUACACUUGCUUCUGAAAUACACAACAUUGAUUGGAGUAAGAUAUAUGACAUUUAUUCUACUGAUGAUCAGUUAACGUUUCUUAGUGAAAAUCUAUUGUAUCUUCUUGACUGCACCGUACCUAUUUGCACACCACGUCCUCGAAAAGCUCAGAACUGUUGGUUUAGUGAGUCAAUUAAAAAAUUAAUUGACAAGAGAGAUUUGGCUUACAGACGAUGGAAACGUUUUAAAUGCCCAAUGCUCCAUGAAGAAUACCGAACACUCAGAACUGAUGUAAAUAAAACAAUUAAUCGCGCAAAAGCUGGCUAUUACGCCAACAAAUUCCGCCAGGCUACCGAUUCCAAAAAAAAGUGGAAAACAAUACGAGAAAUUGGUGUCGGGUCCACUCCUAUAGUUGAAAUUGAUGCAAAUCCUGAUGAACUGAACGCAUCUUUCCUAAACAGCACAACAUAUCUUGAAGAUAAUAAUAUAGAAACAAACCCAGUAAAUGUCAUAUCAAACACACCAGCAUUUCCUGACUUUACAACUUUUGAAUUCGCAUGUAUUCGGCCCAUUGAUGUUUAUGAGGGUUGCAUGAGUAUAAAAUCAAAUGCAGUUGGUUUGGAUAACCUACACCCAAAAUUCAUAAAAUCCACCUUACCAUACACACUGUCGUAUAUCACAUACUUCUUCAACACAAUUCUAACAACUGGAAAAUAUCCGACCACAUGGAAACAUUCAAAAGUUAUACCUGUGCCAAAAUCGAAAAAUGGAAAUGAAUAUCGUCCCAUAUCAAUUCUGCCUUUCUUCUCAAAAGCUUUUGAAAAGAUAAUUCACAAGCAAAUAAGCGCAUACUUAAACGAGCAUCGCCUCUUAUCCAGCAAACAGUCUGGCUUUAGGCCAAGACACAGCUGUGUUACUGCUUUAAUCGAUGUUACCGAAGAUAUUAGGUCAAAUAUUGAUGAUGGACUGGCUACUUGCCUAGUACUGUUGGAUCACUCAAAAGCUUUUGACUGUGUUAACCAUGAGCUGUUGUGCUUGAAACUGAAGCACUAUUUUAAUUUUUCUGCAUCCGCUGUGUUGUUAGUUAAAAACUAUCUCUGCCAAAGAACUCAGUCUGUUGUAAUCAAGGAUAUAAUGUCCAAAUCUCUUCAAUUGAAUAAGGGUGUACCGCAGGGUUCGAUUUUGGGACCACUGCUUUUCUCGAUGUACAUAAAUGACCUACCACCACGGCUCAGAUACUCCUCUAUACAUAUAUACGCUGAUGAUGUCCAGCUCUAUCUGAGUUUUGCUAAACCUGAAAUACGUCAAGGUUUUUUAAAAAUAAAUGAAGAUUUGGGCAUUAUUUCCAACUGGGCUCAUGCCAACUAUCUUAACAUAAACCCUAAAAAAUCAAACUGCAUCUUAAUUUCAAAUCGCAACCAUAAUAUUAUUACUGAAGAACAUGUAUUAAUUGGUGAGCAACACAUACAGCUAGUCGAAAAGGCUAAAAAUCUUGCUUCGGCAAAAGUCGUUACAUCUAACCUUUUGUUUGUCAGCAUGUUUUGCGAUUAG